AAUAAUUAUCAUCACUAAUCCUCCUUUGUCUCGUGUCUCAAACGAAAUUUUCAUUCCAAGAUUCAAAACGAAUUGUCUUGUCAUUUAGUAAAGCCUAUUUCUUUUUCUCAUGAAAAACACCAAGGCAAGACCCGUGUCAUAUACCCUAGUGUGUAAGCUAUGAAGUCCGCUCCUUGUCGCACGCUCGUUUUCUCCUAAGAACUGUCGUUUCGUUCACGGAUUAGAUCAUAUUCUAAAGGCCAGCACAUUAGAUCGUAUUCUGAAAGCCAGAAAUUCAUUUGUUGAAGAACCAAAAGCUCACGCGUUUAAUUUUCCAAACACCAAAUUUAGAAACCUUGUGAUUUUGUUACGUACUCGGUAUGAGUUUUUUCACCCUAAUUUUAUCCGUACUUGUUUUUCCACUACUCACCAUCCAUGCAUCAAAUGAUUCAAAUCACUGCAACCAAUCGUGCCCGAGUUUCGUUCCCGGCCCGAUUCAGUACCCUUUCGGGUUCUCAUCGGGCUGCGAAAUCCAGCUUAACUGCCCUCCAAACAGCGGAUUCGCAAUCGGGGAGUUUCCAAUCCAGUCCAUAACCCAGGACAACAUAAGAAUCAACCUCCAGAGCAGUUGCAACCGCCCCCUCCACACCCUCCGCCACCUGUACAGCCGGAACUACGCCCCGACGUCACGAAACGCGAUUCUUUUACGGAACUGUACGGACGGUAGGCCGUCCAGCAGCUGCGAGAUACCCGACAUUCUGGUGCAGGCGCGGUUCGACGCGCCACCCAACUGCAGCGCCAACAGCAGCCUCAGCUGCUACGCCGAGACCAGAAAGGAUGUCCGAUUUCUGGACGUUGGGAGCGUCGAGCGGAAGGACUGCAAGUUCUUGCUGUCGUCGAUUUCGGCGCCGUCGCCGCAACUUUUGAAUAGCUCAGCGCCGCUGUUGCUGGAGGUGGAAGUGGUGGAGUUAGAGUGGUGGCUUGAGGGAACUUGCGGGUGUGAUAAGAACGCCAAUUGUACGACGGUCGUAUCGCCAAAUGGGACAGAAGGGUAUAGAUGCAACUGCAAGGAGGGGUUUGGUGGAGAUGGAUACGUUGCUGGGUUAGGCUGCAGGAAAGUCUCAUCGACUUGCAACCCUGCAAAAUACUUGUCUGGAGAAUGUGGAGGAAAGGCCAGGUUUAUCGUUUUGAUUGGAGCUGUGUUUGUUGGAGCUUCUUUAAUGAUCAGUCUGGCUCUGAUAUGCUGCUUCAUCCGGCGGCAAUCCAAGCUGAAAGCGAGACACUCCACGAAACGCCUUCUAUCCGAAGCUACUGGCAACUGCGACAUUCCCUUCUACUCCUACAAACAAAUCGAAAAAGCCACGAAUAGCUUCUCAGACAAGCAAAGGCUGGGAACCGGAGCUUAUGGAACAGUUUACGCAGGAAAACUCCACGACGAAUGGGUUGCCAUAAAGAGAAUUAAACACAGAGGACAUGAAAGCAUUGACCAAGUCAUGAACGAGAUCAAGCUCAUUUCAUCGGUAAGGCACCCGAAUUUAGUCCGGUUAUUAGGUUGCUCCAUUGAACGCGGUGAGCAGAUUCUUGUGUACGAGUUCAUGGGGAAUGGGACAUUGUGUCAGCAUUUGCAAGGAGAGAGAGGGGAAGGACUUUCUUGGCUCACACGCCUGACCAUUGCCGCUGAAACUGCGAAAGCAAUAUCCCAUCUCCACUCGGCUGUUAAGCCUCCGAUAUACCACAGAGACAUCAAGUCGAGCAACAUUCUUCUGGAUUGCAAGUUCAAAUCCAAAGUCGCGGAUUUUGGCCUUUCGAGGCUUGGGAUGGCGGAAACCUCCCACAUUUCAACGGCUCCACAGGGGACUCCGGGUUAUCUUGAUCCUCAGUACCAUCAGAACUUCCAUCUCUCCGAUAAAAGCGAUGUCUAUAGUUUCGGUGUGGUGCUUGUCGAGAUAAUAACAGGGUUAAAAGCGGUAGAUUUUACCCGCCCCCAGAAUGAAGUGAACUUGGCAGCUCUAGCCACUGACAGAAUAGGAAGGGGGUGUCUAAAUGAGAUCAUAGACCCUUUUCUCGAGCCCCUUUUGGAUGACGCUUGGACUCUUUCGUCAGUUCAUAAGGUCGCCGAAUUGGCAUUCAGAUGCCUUGCAUUUCAACGAGACAUGAGACCAACUAUGAUAGAAGUGACAGCCGAGUUGGAGCUCAUCAAGCUAAGUAAAUGGCCAUCUUCAGAAGAAAACACAUACACAGCUUCAUCAGACGGAUCCUCUUGCUGUUCUUCAUCUAGCGUGAGCGAAAAGCCUCUAAAUAUUACCAAAUCCCGAUCACUGAGAAGCGUCAAUGCACUGCAGAGUGGAGAUGCCAGUAGCUUCAAUUCGAGCAAAAAGUUCAAGGAUAAUUCAUCGGUCUCUGUUCAAGAUACGUGGUUAAGCGAUCAGAGCUCGCCUUCAUCAAACAGUUUGCUGAGUAAUGUAAUUCAGUGACCGUAGAAGUUUGAUCGAACAGUUUGCUUAUAGUUUCAUGUCAACAUGUUCAUACCAUUUGUGAUGCUUGUACUUUCAUAUAUUUGAACUCAUAUUUUGUUUUGGAGUUCUUAGUUGUAAAGAUCUUUCCCUGGGCUUGUUGAUA